UUUCUUGCAACGCAAUCCCCCCUCCGCUCCUGCUCGCCUCCAUCCACCAUUCUCCUCCCCUUCGCGACCUGCUCUGCCUGCCCACGCGAUGAGCGCCACGGCCAUCCACGCCUCCGCCGUCCUGCGCCGCCGCGCCAUCGCCGACGACCUCGGCCUCGACGCCGACGACGCAUACUGGGCCGCCGCGCCCCGCCUCUACGACUUCUCCAAGCACCACCUCUUCAAGCACGAGGACGACCACCACGACGACCUCAACCUCAAGCCGGAGCACGAGGCCCACGACAUCAACCCCAAGCCGGAGCACGACGGCCACGGCAUCAACCUCAAGCCGGAGCACGAGCGCGACCUCCCCAAGCCGGAGCAGGAGCAGGAGCAGGAGCAGGAGCGCGACCCGGCGCCGCGCCCGGACCCGCUACCGCCAGCGCCGUCCCCGCGAGCGCCUUCGCCUGCGCCGCUGCCGAGGAAGCCCAGCGCCCACCUCUGCCUGCUCGCGCUCCAGGGCACCGGCCUCGGCUGGGGCGUGCGGAAGCGGGUCCACUACGUCUCCCGCCACCGCGCCCCGCGCCACGACGAUCGCCGCGCACGCCCUCUGCCCGCGCCGCCCGCCGUCGUCGCCGAGACCGCGCACGAUCGCCGUCCCGCGCCCGCCGCCGGCGUCCACCAGAGCGCGAACGCGGACGAGGGGAGCUCCAGCAACGUCAAGACCAAGGACCUGCUCGGGCUGCUCGGGGAGACGCGGGCGGACGAGGAGGAGGGAGGAGAGAGCGGCCGCCAGGAGGAGGAGGAGCGCGAGGCGCCGGCCGUGGCGGAGGAGAAGACGACGAGGAAGCGGAGGAGGAGGAAGCCCGGCCGCGUCCACAGCUUCAGCCUCCCCAAGAGGAGGGUCCGAAAGCCCGCUCCCGCUCCAAAGGUCGAGGUUUUCGAGGACGCCGACGCCGACGCGGGGCCGGAAGCAGAGAGCGAGCGCAAGGUGGUGGCCAGGGCGGACAGGGCCAAGAGGAAGAGGAACGACGUUCGUCGCCGUGGCCGUGGCGUCGCCAAGCGCGCCAAGAAGGCGACCCCGCCGGUGCCAGAGGAGGAGCGCAAGGUGGUCAAGAAGGAGAAGAAGACGAACCUGCCGGAGGAGAAGGAGGGCGGCGGCCGGGACGAGCGCACCGCGGUCAAGACGGAGAGGAAGAGGGGCCUGCCGGAGGAGGAGCGCACCGCGGUCAAGGCGGAGAAGAAGAGAGGCCUGCCGGAGGAGGAGCGCACGGCGGUGGUGCUGGUGGCCGUCAAGAGGGAGAGGAAGAGCAAGGCUCCUCUCUGCGGCCGCGCCGUCACCGUCACGGAGGAGCCGGAGACGAAGCCCCCACGCGCAGUCAAGGCCGAGGAGGCCACCGCCGCCGCCUUGGCCGUGCCGCGCGGCAUGGUCGACCGGUGGACGGCCACGCGCUACGCGGCCGCCGAGGCGUCCCUGCUCGGCGUCCUGCGCCGCUUCGGCGCGCGCGCCGGCAAGACCGUCCCCCGCGGCGAGCUGCGGCAGGCGGCGCGCAAGCACGUCGGCGACACGGGCCUCCUCGACCACCUCCUCAAGCACACCGCCGACAAGGUGCCGCGCGGCAGCGCCGAGCGCAUCCGCCGCCGCCACACCGCCGACGGCGCCAUGGAGUACUGGCUCGAGCCGGCCGAGCUCGCCGCCCUGCGCCGGGAGGUCGGCGUCGACCCGUACUGGGUGCCGCCGCCAGGGUGGAAGCGCGGGGACCCCGUGUCCGCCGACGGCUACGCGCUCAAGGCAAAGAUGCAGGUGGAGGAGCUCACCAAGGAGCUCGCCGGAGUAAAAAGGCACAUGCAGCAGCUGGUGAAGGCACAUCAAGGCACAAUGAACAAUGAAAAGAAACCCGAGGCAGUCAAAGCCUGCAUUUCUCAUGAGCCUUAUCAGGACAAGUAUGAGUGUGUGAUGAAGGCCAAUGGCAAUCUGGAAAAGCAAGUCCUGUCCUUGGAGGAGAAGUACACCAGCGCGACACGGGCGAAUGGCAAGCUGGAGGAGGAGGUUCUGUUCCUCAAGGAGAAGUAUGAGGCUGUGCUUGAGAAGAACACCAGGCUGGAGCAGCAGGUGGCUGCUCUGUCCACUUCUUUCCUGUCUCUCAAGGAGGGCAUGCAGUUUCUGAAUGAUGGGGAGCAGCAGCAGCUGCGGAUCACGGGACCAGAGCCGCGUCUUCUUCUGUGCGCCAAGGAGUGCCGCCAAGCUGACAGGCAGGAGAGCAAUGGCGCAGGCGACCAGCUCGCCGACGUCGACGGCGACGGCGGGAAGUGCAGGGAGUGGCCGGACGAGGCGCAACCCUCGUCGCCGCGGACCCCGACGGCGGCGAGAGACGACGACGAGUGCGCGAUGGACGGCAGUCUCGAGCUCCCGCCCACGCCGCCGUCGGCCUCCUCCACCAACGCCGCCUCCUCCGCCAAGCUCCUGCUCCUCCCCGCCCCAGGCUCGCCGGUCCAGCCACCGGCCACCAGCAGCAGCCCCAGGGUUGACGUCUGCCUCCAGGAGCCAGCGCAGCCCCACUCCGGCGGCCUGGACCUGCAGCUCCGGCACACGGCGCAGGACGCGUCGUCGCUGCCGUUCCCGUGCGGAGCCGCCGUCGGCCUGCCGGAAAGCGGGAAGACGACGACCGGCGGCAGAGUGGGCACCGAGCUGGCCCUCGCCACCCCCUCCUACUGACCGAGCUUCCAAGUUUUUUCCCCCAUCGCCAUUGACGAGACAGAUCGUAGCAAGCCACCACCACUGCACAGGGAACAGGAUAGAAGAAGGAAGAGGAUGAAGAAAGACAAUACUCUGCAUCGCUACUGCUGCUGAUCUCCAAUCUCCAUUGCGAACCUCAAUUUUCAUCUUGUUUGUAGCAGUAUGUUCGUCGUCGUCAUGGAUCAGACUUUGAUUUUGAGACCCCAUCUUUCUGUGCGUUGCUGUUAAAUCUGCUCGCCCACUGCAGAAAUCGGAGACAGCUUAACUAGUUUUUCUGAUCC